UAGCGUAGCUUCUUGAAACUGAAAACCCACUCCAUCCCAAACUGGUUGUCACAUAUAUUCUAUAUACACAAAUUUGCCAAAUACGGAUUCGAAUUCUCGGUUUCGUGAAGUUGAAAAACCGAUAGUGAUCAAAGAGAAGAAGAAGAAGAAAAUUUGAUGCCGAUAAGAGAUGCCGCCGAAGCAGCAAUCGAAGGUGGAUGUGGCGAAGAAGCAGAAGAUAGUAGAGGACAAGACCUUCGGGCUCAAGAACAAGAAUAAGAGCAAGAAUGUCCAGAAGUACGUCCAGACUCUCAAGCAGUCCGUACAGCCCAAACCUGAUCCUUCUAAAAUCGCUGCCAAGAAGAAGAAGGAGGAAGAGAAGGCCAAAGAUAAGGAGCUGAAUGAUUUGUUCAAGAUUGCUGUCAGUCAGCCCAAAGUGCCAGUUGGUGUUGAUCCCAAGUCCAUAUUGUGUGAAUUUUAUAAAGCGGGUCAGUGUGCUAAAGGUUUUAAAUGCAAGUUCUCACAUGAUUUGAAUAUUCAGAGGAAGGGAGAGAAGAUUGAUCUUUACAGCGAUAAGCGUGACCAAGAAACAAUGGAUGAUUGGGAUCAAGAGACUUUAGAGAAGGUUGUUGAAUCAAAGAAAACCGAAUAUAAGCAGAACAAGCCAACUGAUAUUGUCUGUAAAUACUUUUUGGAAGCAGUGGAGAAGAAACAAUAUGGUUGGUUUUGGGUCUGCCCAAAUGGUGGUAAAGACUGCCAUUACAGGCAUGCUCUUCCUCCUGGAUAUGUUCUAAAAUCUCAGAUGAAAGCUCUCUUAGAGGAAGAGACUGAAAAGAUACCUAUUGAGGAGGAGAUUGAAAAUCAGCGUGCAAAAUUAACAUCUUCAACUCCUAUGACUCCGGAGUUGUUUAUGCAAUGGAAGAACAAAAAGAUAUCUGAAAGAGAUGCAGGCUUGGCUGCACAGCAGGCAGAUAGGGCUAAGAAUGACCGUAUGAGUGGCCGUGAGUUAUUCCUUUCAGAUUCUAGCUUGUUUGUUGAUGAUGCUGAGGCAUCUGAGAAGUACCAAAGAGAACCAGAAUCUGAUGUUGCUGAACAAAAGGUAAAUGAUAAUUCUGCUGGAGAUGGACCAAGUAGCUCAGCAAAAGCCUGUGGUGAUGCUGAAGACAACAACGACGAUGAUGAAUUGGACAUGGAUGAAUUAAAUGAGUUGGAAGCAAGCUUAUCAAAUACAUCACUCCAAAUUCGGGAGCCGGGCACUCAUACUUAAUCUUGAAGCCACAUUUUUCCCCACCCCUGCUACAUACUAGAGGUCCUCACUUGUGCCGACUGUAUUAUGGUGCUUCAAGGAGGUUAUGAAGUCCUGAGGUGUUAAUGAUAUGGUAAUUUUCUCAUUGAAAAAAGGGAACAAAAAUGAUAUGGUAAUUUGAUAAAGUUACCAGUAUCCUAUUAUUUAGUCAAUAAGUAUCAAGAUCAUGUAUACUGUAUUUUUUUGGUAAAUUGGGUUUUCCUUU